GUGUUAGUCUUAUGCUCUAAUAAAUUUGUUAGUCUCUAAGGUGCCACAAGUACUCCUUUUCUUUUUCCUUUUUAAAGUACAUUUGGUUAUAUAUGACCAAGAGCUACAGAGAUGCUCUCCAUCCAUGCAGCUGCUCUUCUAACCAUGCUGAUUAAACACUACCCCCUGUACUUAUUGAUACAUUUGCUUUGGACUGGUGUAACUGUUUCAGGAAAUCAAGAAUUGCAGGAAUUAAUUAAACCACAAAAGGUCAAAUUUCACUCAUUAAACUUCAACAAUACUUUGCAUUGGCAUCCUGGGAGGGCUGCCUCAGGUGACAUUAUCUACUUUGUGCAGUACAAAGUAUAUGGGCAAAGCCUAUGGAAAAAUAAAGAAGAAUGUUGGGGUAUUUAUGAAGUUUUUUGUGACCUAACACAUGAGACAUCUGAUAUCAGAGAACCUUAUUAUGGCAGAGUGAAAUCUCUUUCAGCUGGAGUCCAUUCAGAUUGGAACACCAGUAGCAGAUUUACUCCAUGGAGGGAAACAAAAAUAGGACCUCCAUCAGUAAAUGUGACUCCUAGAAACAAAUCCAUAAAAUUAAAGCUCCAGCCUCCAAAUUCACCUUAUACAAGGAGAAGAGGCAGCAAGAUACCAAUGACAAGCUAUUAUGAUGUAUCCUAUCGAGUGUUUCUAAUCAGCAACAUGCUAGAUGAAAAAAACAAAAUACUGGUGUAUGAAGGAACAGACAAAAUUGUAAUAAUAGAAGAUUUGAAACCUGAAGUCAGCUACUGCAUAGUGGUUGCAACCUACUUGCCAGUGCUGGACCGCAGCAGUGUGUACAGCAGUAAGAAAUGCACUGUACCUCUAUGACAUGGUAAGUAAACAAAAGAGAAGCUGCAUGGGAUCCCAGAAGCUAGAGAUGGUAAAGACCUACCAGACUACCUAGUCCGUGCCCUUCCCAACACAAGA